AUGAAGCAGUUAGUGGUGGUGAAUGUGUGGCUGGAUCAAGAAUUCUACCAAUUAGCAGAUACUCUGAUAGCUGUUUUACAACAUAUGGAUAUCAUUGAAUCUAUCGUCAAUAUACCUGUGCAAAAUCCAUCUGAGGAGGAGUUCUCUUCUGCUGAUUUGAAUUGGACCAAAUUUGGAAGUGCAGAGCGUCAUGAUGAUGUAGCCCUUAUUCCUUAUGCCCGAGUUGAUGCAUUUAUAAUUGGAGAGUGUUCUAAAAUAGAAUGCCCAACACG